GGAAGACAUUUUGUGAAGUAAAUAUCAGUGUUGAUAUGAAUGACAAAAUGUCAUGCGAUGCCUUAUUUCUAGAGCAAUCGAGAUCGAAGUGAUGGCUCACUCUCUGACAAUGGCAGCAGCCACCACGGCUAUAUCGAGAAGGCGGGAAUCCGGGAGAGGGGACUGCGAGAGCGCGAGCUACUGUUCCUCUUUGUUUCUGAUUCCGACCUCUGCUUCUCAUGAAGGCUCUCCCCAACACCACUCUCUCUCUCUGCCUCGCAGGUUCUUAUGCAGGUCACUGGUAAUAAGCGGCACAAUGUUGUUUGGUUUGAGUUUGAGCGGGCAGAGCCAAAAUGCGCGUGCCGCUGCGAGAAGGCCUCCGCCGCCUCCAUCAGAAGAGAAAAAGGAUCCGAAUGUGAGUGGGGUUCAGGCUAAAGUUUUGGCCAGCAAGAAGAGGAAAGAGGCCAUGAAACAGACCGUGGCCAAGCUAAGAGAGAAGGGCAACCUCAUCAAACAACCACCUCAAUAGCUAAUACACUAAUUUCCUAAACCUCCUUUUUCCCAAUUGUCAGUAGCCUCAUUUCCCGCUGAAUCGUGCUUUCAUAUUAACCAGCCAUGUUUCGCCAACCUAAACUUUGAACAGGGCCACUCUUAUAACUUUUUGCUAUAUAUUAACAUGUUGGCGUUGAUAUGGUGAUACCAUAACUGCUUUAUCGGCGCCACGGACAAUCAUCUGAAUUAAUGUUCCAUUAGUUGUGGUUCUCCUCCUCCCCGUGAUCAAUGCAAUGUGGCGUUGUUGCAAAACUUAUCAUCAUCGCUGUCACUAUCUAUCUGUUGUAUACUACGUAUUUCUUUCCAUGCUCUUUCAUCGGCUCUCCAUUCCGCUAGUCAUACAUCACAACCAGUGAUUUUUAAAA